GAACCGUACGCGAGCACGGUCCUCCAGAGGAGAGCAGGUGUCCGGGAAAGCUCGUGGAAAAUCGCGUUCGGUGCGUCUUCCGUUCGCUAUCUUACGGAGGUGACAUGUGACAGCGAACUGUAUUUGCGACACGCCGACUGGCUGGGUCACCGUGGCCGGAAUGAGAUCGAUCCUUCUCCCAUCUCGCUCGUCGCCCUCUUCGUGCGAGCGGACACCCGUUUAUUCGCCGAUAGGGUGCUAUCCAGAUGGGCUACCGCGUGCGUUUACGUUGCUAUCGAUUAUGGCGCGGUUGAACCGGGCCAACGCGAGAGGACAGACGUAGGCACGGAUGAAGCGCAAAAAGGGUAACGAGGACGAGGAGGAGGAGGAAGAAGACGAAGACGAAGAAGAAGAAGAAGAAGACGAAAAAGACACAGAGGAAGAGGAAUCAGGACAGGAAGAAGAGGAGGAACAAAAAGAAGGAGAAGUAGAAGUUGUCGUAAGUCAGAGAAUCGCGACCGAGGAACCGCCGAGUAUAAAGAACGAGAAGGCCGCACCAAGAGCAGCACCAGCAGCAACAGCAGUCGGGAGCAGGCUGCUAGUAUCAUCUUGGCGCGGUGCGUUUGAUGCUAAACAGAAAGAGGCUCGAGGACGACACAACGCUGGCGGACGGGGAACGUAAUGGGAGCGCCGUGGUCACGGGCCCGGUGCUAUCGUCGUCGACGUGCACGGUGCCCUACAUCGGCGCCGACCAGGGCUUCGUGUUCGAAGGUGGCGGCCCGACGACGUUGCAGUGGGCCGGCGCAUCUGUCUCAAGCUGCACCGGUGCCGGAGGAGGACCCCUCGGAGUCGGUGUCGGCUCAGGAACCGGCGGAGGUGUAAUCGGUUUGGGGGUCAGCAUGGGCGGAGCUGGAGGGAUCGCCAUAAUCGGCGGAGGUAAAGUCGGAGGAGCCGGCGGAGGAGUAGGAGGCGCAGGUGGUGGAGGGGGAGCGAACAAAGAGGUCCGUUAUGCUCCGUUCUCGACGACCGUGGGUUCAGCGAGUUCCGUAGGGCCGGUGAACCUCCCGAUGAACCUCCCGGUGAACCUGCCGCCGCCGCCUUUGCCGCCGCCGUUGCCACCGCCGCUGCCGCCGCCGCCACCGCCCCUGCCGUUGCAAAUGCAGCAGCAACGGGCGUUCUCGAGGUCGAUGACGUCCCUGCCGCCCGAGCCGUUCAUGAUCAUGAGGUCGAAGGCCCUGAACCGGCGGGUCUCGAUCAACGUCGGCGGCGUGAAGCACGAGGUGCUGUGGCGCACCCUCGAGAGGCUACCGCACACCCGACUCGGUCGCCUCAAGGAUUGCAACACCCACGAGGCGAUCACCGAGCUCUGCGACGACUACUCUCUGAUCGAUAACGAGUACUUCUUCGACCGGCACCCAAAAUCCUUCAGCUCCAUCCUGAACUUCUACCGGACCGGCAAGUUGCAUCUCGUCGACGAGAUGUGCGUGCUGGCUUUCAGCGACGACCUCGAGUACUGGGGCGUUGACGAGCUCUACCUGGAGAGCUGUUGCCAGCACAAGUACCAUCAGAGGAAGGAGCACGUGCACGAGGAGAUGCGCAAGGAGGCCGAGUCCCUUCGGCAGAGGGAGGAGGAGGAAUUCGGCGAGGGGAAGUGCGCGCAAUACCAGAAAUGGCUCUGGGACCUUCUCGAGAAGCCGACAACCUCGAUCGCCGCCAGGGUGAUAGCAGUGAUAUCAAUACUCUUUAUUGUGCUUUCGACGAUCGCACUAACUCUCAACACCAUUCCUAGUAUGCAAGUGAAUGAUGAGAAGGGGAACAUUCAAGACAAUCCGCAUUUCGCCAUCGUGGAGGCCGUGUGCAUCACAUGGUUCACCCUCGAGUACGUGCUUAGGUUCAGUGCCUCGCCGGACAAGUGGAAGUUCUUCAAAGGCGGUCUAAACGUGAUCGAUCUGCUGGCGAUACUGCCGUAUUAUGUAUCCCUAUGCCUGGUCGAGACGAACAAGAACGCGACCGACCAGUUCCAGGACGUGCGCAGGGUAGUGCAAAUCUUUCGUAUAAUGCGGAUCCUGAGGAUUCUGAAACUGGCCCGCCACUCGACCGGGCUGCAGAGCCUCGGCUUCACGCUACGUAACUCGUACAAGGAGCUGGGCCUGCUGAUGCUCUUCCUGGCGAUGGGCGUCCUCAUAUUCUCGAGCCUCGCCUACUUCGCCGAGAAGGAGGAGCCCGGGACCAAAUUCGUAAGCAUUCCAGAGACGUUCUGGUGGGCGGGCAUCACGAUGACUACCGUCGGAUACGGCGACAUCUACCCCACGACCCCGCUCGGCAAGGUGAUCGGCAGUGUGUGUUGUAUAUGUGGUGUCCUGGUAAUCGCGUUGCCCAUUCCCAUUAUCGUAAACAACUUCGCCGAGUUCUACAAGAACCAGAUGAGACGCGAGAAGGCCCUCAAAAGGCGGGAGGCGCUCGAGAGGGCCAAACGGGAAGGCAGCAUCGUGUCCUUUCAUCACAUCAAUCUGAGGGACGCCUUCGCGAAGAGCAUGGACCUCAUUGACGUCAUCGUCGACACUGGUCACAAUAUGUCAGGGGUGGAUGGUAACAGCACCGAGGGGGAGUCCGUGUGCGGCCGUGGCCCAGCCCAGACCGGGCCCGGCUGUUAUCGUAACUAUGAGCAUUACAGUGUCUCGCGGCAUCGUCGCAGCGCCUCAUCCUGCUUCCCGAAUAUGCCUAACGAGCUGCCGCCGAACACCCCGGACAGCCCUAACCGCCGACUUCUGGACUUCGCGCAGAGCGUGCCCGGCACCCAGAACGACGACUACUUCCAAGACGAGGUGCCGGCUCAGCACGUCAACCAAGGCAAUACCACACCUAGCGAUGAAGAGAAAAAAGACAGCAGAAAAUUCGAGAAAAAUGAUGAAUUACCUAGCGAAUUCGAGUGUUGCUUUUGUACUACGAAGGAAUACAAAGAAUUCAGUGACGCGGAAAAUAUAAUGCCGCUGGCGACCAGCGACUUUCGUAAUCCAAUCUGCCAGGAGAUGAGGGCGAUGCGAUCCGGGAUGCUGAUGGAGCCACCCCCGCAGACGAUCUUCACCGAGACGAAGACGUCGCCGGCCCAACCGUUGGAGAUCACCGGCUACGGGCGAGGAUACAACGAGCAAGGAAGCAUGGACAGCUCUGAUACGUACGCCAGCUGUCAAACGCAUCCGUCUCAGUCGCAGGGCGACCUCACCGAGGAGACGGCGGACACCAAUAAUCUCUACGUGAACCCGCUCGAGGCCGCGGAGAAGUGCGGAAAUAGGGUGAAGAAGUCGGUUUCCGGCGAGGUGGCUCGCAACGCUCCCGACGCGUCGACAAGCGUCGAAUCCUUGAAAGACAUUCGCACCCUGAGCGAGGGCGGCAAGGUCACGCUGAACGACACGGUGCCUAAGCACAGGAAAAUUCGUAUUCAACAGAGCGUGAGACUUCGCGCACAGUUUAUCAACGACCAAGAGAACAUAGCGGCGCGUAACGCUGUGAAAGAGGACCAUCUGGAGAACAACAAUUAUUACGCGGGCCUGCGAGGGGGCAGACCGUUCGCGGCGACCAACACCAGCCUGGUCUCGGCCACGAGGAUCCUCAAUCAGCACCUCUUCGGGUCCGCCAGCGGGCCAAAACAGUACACAGGAACAAGCACCGAGAGCAAGCUCUCCCUGUCCGCGGACUCGAUAGACGGCGAGGGCGUGCCUUUCAUAGACAGACACCGGGCGAUCUCGAAGUCGAUCCUGAAGAAAUCCGAGAGCAGCAACAAUUAUUACAACACCGGCUGCGACUCGGACACCGAGAAGCUGAUCACCGACAACGCCUCCACGAUCAGCAUGUGCGACAACGAGACCGGGACAGGGACUGGGACCGGAAGCGGUACCGGCACGGAAACGACCAAGAGCAAGCAACCUGUUUCGCCGUUGCUCUCCAGGCAGGUCCUCGAGUCGAUCUUUCGAACGAACAACAACCUCGAGAGGGAGGACGAGGCAGCGGACCAGACCGAAGAGAAGAGCUACGUGUCCAAGAUCAUCAGGUCGAUAUUCGAUGACGUCCUCGAAGAGGAGAAGCACACGCAGGACGAGACGCUGACGGAAAAUAAGAACAAGGAUGAUCAGAAGAAGCCGAAGACGCGUAGCCAGGAGAAGGACGAGUGCUCGAAGGACAGCCAGACGAUGUUGAUACGCUCGUUGCGCCAAUACAAAGUAAAGAAAUCCGGCGGUGGCGGUGGCGGUGGUGGCGGCGGAGGCAUCGGUGGCGUCGGCGGCGACGAGAAACGACGGUCGAAAACGAACAAUCACGGUUACAACAAGGGCCCGGACGCGAACUGUCUGCCCCAGGAGCAUCGUUUCUCGUCGUAGCGCAGCUUGUCCCUGCGCGACAUCCUCCUCUCGUCUCUGCACCAGCAGGAGAUCGAGCCGCUCCGCGUGAAUCUGUCGCAGUUCGCGGCGCCGUUAGUCUCCGCGGGAUCUCCGCGGGGCCGUGUGAACGGCACAGUUUCGGAAUCGCCCUCCGUUCUGUAAAUACACGAGAAGCGAACACCCCGAAGAGGCGAUUGGCCGAGCGUGGACGACACGGCCGCGUGCAGCUUCGAGCGGUUGGAGUGAGAACCAUCUCGUCGUGGGACAAGAGGAAAACGAACGACGUUCGCGGACGAAACACGGAUCGAGAAUCAAAACGAGACGGAUUCGCCGUGAAGGACGCGAUGGCGCGCGAUGAUCCGCGCGACGAUUCAACGGCGUCGAAGAACGAACGACGCGAGAACGACACGAAUAAUCGGUAGUAACGAUAAGAGUUUAACGGUAAGCGCCAAGCAAACACACACUUUAGGCAAUACGCUUUUCCCUCAUCCGGAGAGAGAGAGAGAGAGAGAGAGAGAGAGAGAGAGAGAGACCGGUCGAGAAGAUCAUCCCGCACACGCUCGCGCAGAAACAGAUCCGCGGCAACUGUGUUCGAUCAUCCUCCAUUCGUCCGACCGUUGUCGAAGCUGACAACGAGAGACCGCUUUGCGUGUCGCGCGAAAACGAGCAUAACCCGCGCAGAAAAGAAACCCGUCGCGCUCGCGGGGAACCGGACGCGUUCAGAUCCGUUCCCCGCCCCCCACCCCGGAGGAUCACGCGGGUUGUUCGUUUAUUUGCUGAGUGUCUUACGUACAAUUAGAUGGUACCGUUGAUAAUAGGGACGCGUUAGAUGCAAUCGAAGCGGAAUCGUGGCUUGGAAGAGCGUGAAGCGCGCAAACGGUGGCCGCAACUCGACGAUAACUGCCGUUCCCGAAGUUCCAGUCUUCGUGUUAUUCCCACCUCUCCCCUAUUCCUUCGCAGUCCUCGUACCAGAGUCUUUUAAUGAAACUUUGGAGAUUUAUACGACACCAAACACGAUAGAGCUCCUACCGGGAGACAGCCGUUAAACGUUUUUAUCGCCCGGUAUUCAUGUACGUUAUAAGAUAUAUAUAUGUACGUAUGCUCUUUGAUAACCCUUCUAGACCGCUGAGAGCAACGCGAAUCGAGAUAGCCUCUUAGAUAAGUGGAUUAGACACGUUCGUAGACAGACAGGCGAAAUAGACUCGACGAUAGUCACGAAGAACUGUUCAAGGCUUUUCCCCUAGUCAGAAAUCGUAGGAUCAGACGCUUAGGACAGACAAGUAGAUUACGAUCGUAUGUGGCCAGACGAGUAGAAGUAAACCGUUCGUAGACAGACUAGUAGUUUAGGAGUGUACCUGUCGGAUAAAUAGAAUAGACACGUACUCCGCAGACAAAUAGAUUAGGGACGUACUUGACAGACGAAUAGAAUAGAAGCGUGCCUGUCGGACUAGCAACGAGGCCCGAGGAAGAGUCUGAUCGAACGACUAUACGAAGUGAAAUAUAUGGACCGAAUGUGUAUCACCGAUUAGAGAAAUUCGAAGUGUUUUCCAAUAGAUAAGGAGAUUAGAGUAGGUUCGGGUCAGACAACACAGGGCAAGAUUCAACGUGGAUACAAGUAGAAUAGCCUUUUCUUGGCUAGACAAGUAGAGUACGCUUCCUUUCGUGUCAAAGAAGUAGCAUACGGCCCCUUCGAUUAGAAGAAUUGAUCUUUAUCCUAACGCGAACGAAGUAGAUUACAUUAUUUCCGAACCGAAGAACUGUAAAUAUAUAUUUUUCAAUAUCCCCGGUGUAAUUAGUCGUUGAGUAUCGUUAACGCGAUCGCUCGUAUAGUCCCCUUGUUCUUUAACUCUACACGAACUUGCAAAGUUUCAUUAAACUCGGACUCGUGGACGCUGCUCCGUUCAAUCUUGCUAGUGGAAACUGUGUUUCUCAUGAUCGACGCGGAAAUAAUCGAUUUUUCCAUUCUGUAUAUAAGUCGCGAUAUUCUUUGCUAUGUGAAUAAUUUCUCCGCUCAGUCUUUACUCGCCAGCGAAUGUACAAGAUAAUUAUUAAACUAAAGUUGUAUAUUCAUUGUAUCGGGUGUUUCAAAGGCGUGUAUAGAUUCGUGUAAUUAGCGUACAUGUACAAAUCAUGAUUUUCUAAUGUUUCCUAAAUCUGUAUAUAUGUAAAAUAUGUCGUCGAUUAUCGAGCGGUUAAUUUGCUUGAAAUGAUUUCGAAGAUAGCGAACAUUCGAUUAAGAUCGAUCCAAAGGAUAUUUUGAAUAUUCGAAAUUGAAUAUCUUGCAAGCAAUAUUUUUUACCAAUGACGAAUAAAAAUUAGUGUUUUUAUUUGUAAUGAUACCUUUGAAACAACCUUUACAACAACAAGGGACGUCACCCAAUUUGAAACUGCCGAUUAUAACGAAACUUGUGUAGACUACCAAAAAAUAUUCGUCAUGUACAUUUUGUAUAGCUGUCCGAUUUUAUAUUGGACAAAAAUAGCCCCUGAAAUUGAGACAGCAACGUUAUUCCACAAAGAAACUGUUAACAUGAUCUUUUUGUAUUAAUAUUUUCUAAAUCAUUGAACAUUUUUGUCACAAAAUUCACUUUCACGCUAGUGUCGUCUAUGAAUCUUUGAAUCUUUUUUUAUACAAAGAUAAACAAUUUUUAUAUGUAUAAAUUAUUCUAUUGUAUCAUUCAUUUAUUCUAUCUCCAUUAGUUUGAUCAAGAUAUUUUAUAAAUUUCUAUUUCCAACUUUUGGGAUCGUUUGCCACACCUAAAUAUGAAAACUAGUAGCUAUAAUAAAAUACGUGUCGAAUAUUUCUCAACGAAUCUCAAGUGUCAUUAAAAUUGGCAACUACGAAUUAGAUGACGUUUCUUUCCAGCUCAAUGUAACGAUUCCAUCGAAUACUCAGUGUCAUGCGUUUCUUCCUUUAGUAGUCGAUUAACAGAGUCUCUUCCUGGUUGUGGUUUACGCAACUUUACCUCGAGUUUGAUUUAACUAAAACGAGCCAUCACUUCCAAAGAGUUGUAACCACCCGGUCACGUUUUUCCACGCGAAACGCAGUUCAAAGCGGAAGUAUAUUGUAACGCGACUGCUCUUCGAGAACCGGAAGUCCGGUUGCACGCACGAACACGUUUCGUGCCGGUGCUUCAUAAUAAGCAAACUGCAAAGCUCAUGCAUCCGUAGCAUAAGUGGACGUUCAUACAUCUCAUUGAUUCCAGUCGACUGAAACAGGCGAUUACUACCCACUAAAAAUUUUCGAAACUUUAAUCCAGAUAUACUCGUACAAAAAUUCGCUAUCGGUGUAACACAUAUAUGACGAUCAGGAUUUUCUAUAACAUAAAGGAUUACAUAAAGAAAAUCAAUAUCGUGCAUGUCGUUAAUUCAAAUCAUUAUGCAUGAUAUUUAGCAAACUUUUCCGUGACAAUAUUUUUGCCACAUUUUAUAAAACGAUGCUGGUUGUUGGUACUUAACACUUUGCUAAUAAUCAUUUUGAAGAUAAGGGAGCAACAGCCGAGAAUGUAUUAAAAAAUUGUUCAAAAGUGUGACAUCAAUGUAAAUCAUAAUUCAACAAAUUAUUAGGACUCGUAUAAUAUGAUAACUUCUCUUUCCGAAUUUGUUAUUUAAAUCGUUGAAUUUCUUUUAUACACAGCUCGGUUGUUCGAACGUCUAUUAUUGGACUUCUGGUAAAUAAAGUGUUAAUAGAAUUAAACAAAUAAAUUGAUUAAUUAGUAGUUCGGUUCGCAGUUUCACUCGACUUGGCAAUUUCGUAUGUUUUACGAGCGCAUGGAAUUCGCAGUCUUGCGUUUACAAGCGAGAGAAGCGUGCGAAGUACCGCACAGGAACGCAGAAACAAUGCAACGUGUUUAAACCGCGCGGAAACAUCGUCUUGUUAUAUUCUAGCCGCGGGCAACGAUCAUGUUCUCCACGAGGAAAUUUUACACCACUGUUUUAACGAUGAGAAAACGGCGAAAGAAACUUUCGACUCAUUCAUCUCCGCCGGAACGAUCUCGCGAAGGUGAUUUUAACACUGGUAAUAUCGUCGUUCAACGUGUGCACACCUCUAUUUCUAGAACGACUGCAGAACGCACACCUUCUGACAAAAUACUUUGGGCAGAUCACGGGGUAAAAAAACGCAUUCUCAUAACGUUAAUAAGAUGUUAAAAAUUAAAUCGUGAUGGCUGGCUCGGUGAUUCUAUAGUCCGUCCAACGAGUACGCAAUCGACGUAUGAAUAGGUCAGAGCCGGCAUACAGUUUUAGGCGCUCCAAAAGAUAACGAAAAAAGAUAACAAGAUCUGCUUUUCUGAAUAAGAAGUUACUUAUUCUCGAUACGGUGUGGAAUUAUUCGUCGACAAUAUAAAUAUACUCAAAUAAAGUUCAAGGUUUAAAAUUCGGUCUCGACUUGCUUGCGAGGGCCGUCGGUAAAGGACCACUGCAAAUUCUCCCCUGAGUAAUGGUCAUCACAGUCAUAUGACCUUUCUGUUUACUUGUACUUUCUCAUCUCGUUGGACAGACUAUAGUCUUAACGCGCGCAUUUAGGACGAAUACGGAUCGCGUCGCGUGCUCAACUAAAUUUCUCGCGUUUUCUUUCGUUCGUUCCCAAACGGGUCUCGCCCCCUUCUUCUUCCAUCGAGGGAUAGAUUCACGCAUUUUUUGUGCGAGAACGAUGAAACGCUUCGAAAACAAAACCUCGUUUUCCGUUCGAGUCCCGCUAUAGAUCGGUCGCCUAUGUUCUAUACAGCUAGAGGUUCUCUCCGACAUUCUUAGACGAGUCAUCAGUAAUAUACAUAUCUCUAAUGACAUUUCUAUUCAUCGUUAUGGUAGACGUAGGGAAACGAAUAUAACUGUACAGUUGCAAGUUAAUGACAGAAGAAAAAAAAGCGAAAGACGAAGAAAAAUAAGAGUUAUUGAUGAAGGGAAAACAUAGAAAAAUGGUUGAUAUUCUCCGUGCGGUUGCGGCUGUUCGGGGAUCAUUGUUAUGCUGGUGGUCUAAAGUUCACGCCUCGAGUAUUUUUUAAACCUGUUUAACGUUGUUUUCGACACUGUAUACGACGAGUCAUAGGGAGGACUAUUCUGAAAAACUCAACGUUUCUGCGUCGACCUUACUUUCGAUCGUUCAUCUUUGUUGAUACUCGUGAAUCGGACCACGGGUAUCGGAAACUCACAGCGAUCGGGAUUACCUGACAUUCCGUGUAGUGAGAAGGUCGUAGCGAGGUUUUAUGAAAGCUUCGUUCCGUUUUGAAAUUUCGCGUGCAAAGAGGGUGUCACAUAGAACGUCCGUUACACAGAAAGGGACAAUUUCUGAAAUGAUUUGAAGUAAUAUUUUCCUUAGCGAAAAUAUCCUCUGCGGCUUUGUUCGCGAGCUAUUAACGAAAAACAGGGACCAAUCGGUGAGCGAGUACAACGGACUAAGUCCAGCACGGUCAAUGGCAGAUCAUGUUUGCUAUAACGUGGAAACGCAUCGUCCGUACUCGCUCGUUGAUCGGUCCGUGUCAGUCAACAUUUUCGCAAAUGAAAAAGUUAUUUCGAAUCACCUUUUUUCGGGUUCAACGGGAGUUUGGGGACACCCUAUAGAAACCAACGGCCUGAUCGUCGUCUUAUGUAUUUCUAGUACAUCAGAGCACAAUGUUCAAUUUGUCGAGAGCUUUUUAAGGACGUUACAAAAGCAAUGAAAUCAGUCUGGAAAUGUGUUUUCGUUUCUAUACGAUUAGCUACAUGUGAAAAUAUUAAUUUAUCGAAUAGUAUAUUAUAAGCUUAAUAAUGUGUACAUAUCUUAGAUUUACCGUUUACAAAGAAACUGAAUAAUUUACAACGUAACGAGAUAGUAUUAAAUCAAAGUAAGUUGAAGGAGCUGUAUAUAGUAACUUGUACAAUUUAUGUGAUCAGUUGAUAUUAUUAACAGGCAGUUUUGCGUUUCCGCGUAACAAAUGAUCGAAUAUUUGAAUUUUAAAGUAACGAUCCGGAGAUUUCGGAAAGAUAGUUGUUAAACGUAGAUCAUUUCGAUUUUCAAAACAGUGUGAAUACUGAAUUCAUGAAAAUUCGUUGACGUUUUAUUCACGCUGAUAAUUCGUUAUUGAUAUUAUCGAUAUUGUUAUCUAUAUCUUCUUGUCAGAUAUCUAAGUAAUAAUAUUUAAUAGUAUUAUUAAAUAAGUCAUUAGAAACAUCAUUCAAUAAUAAUAAUACUAGUCACUAUAUUAGGUUAAUAGAAAAUAAACGACAAGGAUACUUCUAUGACAGUGCUCUCCCCAUUCUGUAACGAGGGGCAAAAUGUUGUGAUUCUUCCAUUGUUUUCACAUCGUGAAAAGCAUUGAGAUUUCUAUUAUAUUUACUGAGCUCCACAUCAAUGAAAAUUUAUGAGAAAUAUACAGGAUUUACUAUCUAAUGCUUCCCAUGUGUUAACGAUGAUCAGCCAUUUGCUUUCGAUCAACUUAUUGCAUUGAGUGAUAUUAAUAUUAAUACUUUUGAAUGGCAGAAUAUGUUUCUGGUGUACAAUUACGUGACGUGUUUCACAAUUUCCACUAUGUUAUUAUUAAUGAAACAGAUUUAUUUGUCUAGCGAGAAAACUUUCAGAAUGGUCCUCGCAUACGAAAUAAUAUUGAUUGUUUGUAAUUGUUACGGCGUUGUAUUUAUUAUUCGCGGAAAACCCACACGGUCAUUGUAGCCGACGUUUUUUCGUACGUAUUAUUAUAAGAAACAGAGCUGGGCAAAACGUAAUCCGGCUAACGAUCAAUUGUUCUAAUCGCCAUGCAGACAAAUCACCGGUCUACGAUGGUGAUUGUCGAAUACUCGAUAGUCAAAAGUAUAGUCAAUAAUCAACAUAUAUAUAUUAAUAAGGGAUAAUAACGAUUUUAUUUUCUUUUUUCAAUGUAUAAUUUUUUAGUUGACCAAGAAAACUCAUCUUUAAUUGUAUCUUUUGUAAAAUGACGUAUGAAAACGAGAAUUUACAUAAAGAUCCGCAGUCUAGUUAUAAUUUUCUAUCGGAUUGACUUUUCUUAUUGUGCCUAAACGAGGGUUUAAAAUACAAUUUCUAUACACUUCGAGAGCCACAUCAUAUCUGACUAAUACAAUUUCUCUUUAUCGAACCUGAAAAUAAAUUUUUAUUAUAAUACAUUAAACAUUAUUCGAAUCUACGGCGCGUAAAAGGGUUACAAAAGCAAUUGCAAUAAUCAGACUGCGGAUUUUAUGCAUUUAUGGCAAAGCUGUCUAGUUGCGAUUGAAAAUAGUGGAAAGAUUAAAAGAAUUUUAAAAUAUCAUUAAUAUCGUAACAUUAUUACAGACGAACGGAAUUCUCGCUUAAUUAUCUAUUUCUAACAAUUGUUCCAGACAGCUUUUAUUUUGCAUAAAAAUCCGCAGUCCAGCAAUAAUGAAACUUGUCUUUUCUAUUGUUAUACUGUUUAAACAAGUUGCUUUAAUUUUGUAUAUCUUUCACGAUUGUGUCAAGAUUAUGGACACGGACACUGACGCGACAGUUAACACACGUUAAAAUUACAACGUACGAUCAUGAUCUACAGUCUGAUCGGAAAGUCCGUCGAUCAAUUUGCCCAGUUCUGGCAGCGAAGUUGGAUCUCGAUACCACGUAAUCGCUUGGAGUUGCUCCGGAGUAAAUCAAUGUCUUCUGUGAACUUAACAUAUAGUUGGAAGUAGCAAGUUCCUAGAGAAAUUGUACAGAACGUGAUUUAUUGUUUAUUAUCGUAAUUGUAUAUCUAGCACAGUUUAGCGGUGACAUAGUACAAAAGCGAGCCACGACCGUAGAUAGAGACCGUGGAGGGAGUCAGCAGGAGUAAGCGUGAUGACGGUUCGAGGAGCCUGAAAAUAGUCCGCGGAGGCGAAACGAUACGACAAACAAAAAGACAUGUUUCCUUUCCCUUCUCGUCGCCGGCUGUCCGUUUCGAGUUACGAUACUUAUUGUCGUUGAUUUGCUGUUGCUGGUCCGAGGCGCGUAACGACGAUAAUUAUCCGACAAUUGGGCCGUCUGAUUCCCAACCGGUGUAUUCGAGUCUGCUUCACCUCGAGAUCAUUGUUCGCGGCAAAAUAGACUACGCAAAAAGUGGGAUAGUGACGUAUGCGCCGGGAGAACAUUAUAAUUCUGAACUACGAUCGCGAACGACGCAGAGCCUCCGCCUGAUCCUAGUUCAGAAUUAUACUGUUCACCCGAUAAACGCGCCUGUCUCCACUUCUUGCGUGGCCUAUCUUGCCGCGAGCACUGCUCGAGAUCAGUGCGUAGAUCACUCUCUACCACGAUUAGACAAAUUUUGAAUUCGACGACAAAAAGACAAUUCGAAUUUUACAGUCGCAGUGAUGUCAACGUCUUUUGUUAUUGAUAAUCUUCUGUAAAAAGAAUAGAAAUUUAUAUCUGUCAGGACUGCAAUUUUGUAUGAUAACUAAAUAGUGGUAGCAGAGGAUCAGAAUUCUUCAGUUGAAAGAAUUGAGUAUCAACCACAUUUGGUGCAUUGCGUUAAAAAAUUCUUCGUCACGAUAACACACAGCUCAAAGGGUUGAAAAGAACUUACCAAAAGCUUCGUGUACGAGUUUGUAGAAUAACACCAGGUGAGAUGAUAACGGUUCAAUUAACAUGUUGGCUGCCCAGAAACGUGCAUCAUCAAACCGAUAUUGUGAUAAGAUAGGUACACGCCUGUUUCGGUUGCUUCUGCUGUAAGGAAUGCAAAUGUCCGCCAGAUGUCUUGUACACGCGACAUUUGGAUCGUUGUUCUGUUGCCAGUUUUGCGAAUUAACGAGAUUACAAGAUGUCACUGUCCAAGGAUCGAACGUUCGUUGGAAACAAUUGAAUGGUGCCGGACGCCUGCGACCACCGUGGCAGUCAACGUGUUAAUCGGUGAAGCACAAAAGAUAAACUAAAAGCGCAAAAUAAUUUUCUAACGCAUACAAUGUUAUCGGGAACCGAUUUGCAGAGAAAUCGCGAUGAUCCCUUCUCGUCUUUACAAUCGUACGAGUGUACACACUUUGCUCAUCGACAUCGAUUUUUACGCCUUUGAAAUUGUUUGAUCCGACAAUGUGAAACUGCCAUUCGCGACUGUGUCUGCGUCUCCGACAUUGGAAACGAAUACAAGUGGUAUUUUACGAAUUUACAAUACUUAAAUGCGAAGGAAAUUUGAAGUCGGAAAGGAAUUGGCUUGAUCAACCAUAGUCUAAUUAAACGUGACAUAACAAAUGGUAAAUAUUUUUUUGUUUCAGCAUGUUUUCUUUUACAUGUGGCAGUUUCAUAUGCACUAGGCCCAAUGCGUCGAAUCAUUCCAUAUGUAAUAUCGUUUCUAUUGUUACGGAAAAUGAUGAAAGGAUCGGUCGCUUUUUACAGAAUUCCAAAACCAAGAGAACUAUAUAGAGAGAAAUGAUUGGCACUCGUGUGAUUACAGUUGAUAUUAUUUUUAGACAUAGAAUUCCAUAGUGAACGUCACCGCAUACGGAAUGAUCCGAUCAGCUGUAUACGUUUCGUUUGAGGCACAAGCACAUACAGUCAAUUCUCGAUCACACGAUUCAAAUAACACUUAGAAACGAUUCUUCUGCCAUGAUAUCGAAACGUUUCAAGCGCUAGCUGAUCUCAGAAUUUCGUCGAUCACGCGCAUUUCCGUUAAUUUCUCGGAUUUCUAAGGCCUAGAAUCGUAAUUAUAAGGCGAGUAGUGUGCAUAAGCGAAUAAAGUUGUAAUUUGCCAGUUUUUGUUCCUCACAAGAGUUUCUUCAUUGAUCAUGCAUCCUUUCCGAUCACGAUUUCAAGCUCCAUAAUCGUCUCCAGAACUUUUUCUUCCUUUUCGCAUCAUUCAUCCUCUAGUAAACGAUAAAACUGAAUUCUUCGCGGUCCAAACUGUUCUCUCACUUUUAUUUCAGAAUUUACUGUAACAUUACAUAGCUCCACCGCGUUCCCGUAUGAGUGUGUUAGAAGCACAGUGACGUAAAUGACAAUUUCGAAAGAAGUUUGAUUUAUGUCUUGAAAUGUAAACUAUACAUACCAAAAUCUUGAAAAGACGAGCGAGAUAAAUUCUAAAGUUACCAUAAAUUACCUUAACAUCACGUUAUGUCAACAAUAAAUUUGACCAGUGAACAAUACACACAUUAGUGAACAGCAACAUUCCUUGUUUCUCACAAUGAGGCGAAUAUGUCGGACGCUACUAUGAUUCGACCCACUCAUACGCGACUCUACAACCUAUUUAGAACAAUUGAAAAACGCUAGAAUUAUUUUUACGCGCCAUGUAAUUGUGAUAUUAAUCGAGUGUACAAUGUAUAUUAGCAAAAUGAGUAGCUUGUUACUGCGAAAAGUCAAUGUAGAAUUUGGCUCGACAGGAGAUUGUGACGGUUUAACGCUGAAAAAACUCUGAAAAUUUUCCAUUUUUCUUUAAGCAUCCAGAUCCGACAUUUAACGCGUCAUUCGUGCAAAUAUGGAUUCGAAAUAAUCGACAGACACUGGAAUUCAACAAGGUGAUGCAUCAUUUAAUAAAGAUGAUUAAAGAAAUAUUAAGAAAAGUC